GCUGAUCAGGAACUCGAACAACUGUAGUAAACGUGACAGUGCGAUGGGAUUGGGAAUGGGCUUCGUGAAAUCAAGUUUGCCAUGACAUGAAGAUCAUGACUUGCUUUUUGUAAUUCAGUUCUGCUCGGAGUCGACGACAGAGUGGACGACCGAGAACGGUGUGUGGCCUUGAGGUGCUGGAAUGGAUCCUCUGGGAGCACGCUCCCAGUUUGUGGAUGUCCAGACUCUGUCCACCUGGGAGAGGCAGCCGGACCUGGAGGGAAAGGACACGGAUGAGUGCAAUGACUGUUUGGACAGCCAGCAGGCCUUCCCCUCACCCUUCCCCUACAGAGAAGACAUCAACAGGAAGAUAGUGCUAUAUAACGGUGAUGUGGCCCUACUGAACUGCACCGCCAUCGUAAACACAAGCAACGAGACUCUAACGGACAAGAACCCAAUCUCUGAGAGCAUCCACAAACACGCUGGGCCUGAGCUCCGAGACGAGCUGCUCAAACUGAAAGGAUGUCGGACAGGCGAGGCGAAGAUGACCAAAGGCUUUAGCCUAGCGGCCCGCUUCAUUAUCCACACCGUGGGCCCCAAGUACAAAGCCAAGUACAGGACGGCUGCUGAAAGUUCUCUGUACAGCUGCUAUAGGAAUGUCAUGCAGCUCGCCAAAGAGCAGGCCAUGGUCUCCGUGGCCUUCUGUGUCGUCAGCACAGGCAAGAGAGGAUACCCUCUGGAGGAUGCCACACACAUUGCCUUCAGAACGGUCCGCAGGUUUCUGGAGAACCAUGGUGAAAGCAUAGAGACCGUGGUGUUCGCUGUGACAGACGUCGAAGAGCCCACAUACAGGAAGCUGCUGCCUCUCUACUACCCCCGUUCGGAGGUAGAGGAGCGGGUUAGCCUGCCACUAAUCCCAGCCGACAUCGGGAACUCAGAGGGGGAGCCUGUAGUCCCAGAGAGACAGAUUCGCAUUGCUGAAAAACCAGGCAGUCUGGAGGACGAUUCUGAGGAAGACACUCUGGACUCACAUCUGGGUCAGGUCGGGACUCAUGCUUUUGCCCGGAUGGAGGGAGAUGUGGACAAACAGCGCAAACUCAUCCUUCAGGGCCAGCUCUCUGACGCUACCAUGCAGAAACAACACCAGAGGAAUUAUAACCGCUGGUUGUGUCGAGCCAGAGCAGAGGACUUGUCAGACAUAGCAGCACUGAAAGCCUUAUAUCAAACUGGUGUUGACAUAUAUGGCAGGACAGUGAUGGUUCUUGUGGGCAGAAAUGUUCCCGUCAACCUCAUUGACAUGGAAAAGGCCCUGCUGUACUUCAUCCACGUCAUGGAUCACAUCACAGUCAAGGAAUAUGUCAUGGUUUACUUCCACACUCUGACUGAAGAACGAAACCAUCUGGAUUCGGAAUUCCUCAAGAAGCUCUAUGAGAUCGUAGAUGCCAAGUUUAAAAAUAACUUGAAGGCGUUCUACUUUGUCCACCCUUCGUUUCGUUCCAAGGUGUCCACCUGGUUCUUCACGACGUUCAGUGUGUCGGGGCUGAAGGAGAAGGUCCAUCAUAUAGAGAACCUCCGGCAGCUCUUCUCCUGCAUCCUGCCUGAACAGAUAGACAUCCCUCCCUUUGUCUUGGAUUAUGACGCACGGCUGGAAAUGCAGCGCUUGAGGAAUUACCGUAAACCCAGCCAGGUGUGAAUGGACCAAUCAAAACUCUGACAGCGGUCUAAGGCCAAGUCCUCUCUAAGAGACUAGCCGGGUUCCAAACCAAGUGGGAUGGUGUUAUUUACCACUUAUGACUGGGGGGGGGGGUCCACUCCACUUUAAUGCCGAGUCAACUGGCAACAAAGCAGCAGGAAAUAUUUCGUACCCCGCCACAGAUGAAGCACCCUCGGGCAGAUUGAGAACAGUGGAAAUGUAUGUCAACCCUGAACAUGUUUGAUUAGCAUAUGGACAGAGACUGGUCGUUAUGGGGGACCAUAAGAAGAAUUAUGUGAAACUCAUCUGUCAUCCCGGAGCGCCGACCUCUGACACAUGCUGACCUCUGAUGUUAUCUGUUAAGGCAAUGGACAGUGACAACAGCGUUAUCUGCGUUUAAAUGCAAUGAGAAAAAAAAGUUUUAACAAAAUAAAAGCGAUCCAUGUAUAUGUUUUUUUUGAAUAAUGAUUAUAAUUGUAGCUGUACUUUUAGUUUGAAGUUCAUGCAGCCUUUUCGUGGUCCCCAGGAAACAUCUGUGGUUCAGGGAUACGGUCAACUACAACCUAGCUUCCAUUUCCGCCUAGAAACUGGAGGUUGGCCAUCUUCUCAGGCUCUUCUGUUACUAUACUAUAGUUAUGCAGUUUGUUUGCCAUUAGCCACUCGCCAUUCCACGGUUCAAAGCAGGUGAAUACAUCCAACUGCACAUCAAUUACUCUGCAACCUGGUUCUGACCAGCAGGACCUGUCUGGAUAAUCUCCUUGAUCAGACCAUAAGCCGUUGGGCUUCAGCAGACCUGGUUGGACUGUAAGUGGAUUUUACUCUGCCUGGGACCUCAGAAGGACAAUAGGAUGGAUAUUGACACUAGGAUGGAUAUUGAUGUUUUUUUUCUUUUUUAUUAAAAGUGUGAUACAAUCAGAUGACAAAGAAACAUGGUAAAAAUGGAUCUGUCUGUAACCGAGCCUGGGUGACAUCUCCUGUUCAUCCCAGGACGUGUCAUGGGCCCAUCUUAACCUGCCCUUAGUAGUUUGUAUGUGUGUUAUAUGUCAUUCCUGUUGUGUUUCAUGUUUUCAUUUUGCACAUCUAUACCAAAUGUUAUUGCCACAAGCUGUGUAAUUGUGCAGUUGUUUUUAGGUGUCCCAGAACACAGUAUCCACACUAAACCUUUUCAACUUGGUUUUCUUACUGAGCAUAAGCGAUUGCAAUCAUUUAUCAAGAUUAUGAAGACUAAACAUAAAAAACAAUGAGACCAUAAACACAUUUCUACUACGCUUAAAACUGUCUUUAUUAAGGAGCGUUCAAUAAAUGGCACAUAAAUGUUCUGAAUCCAGUUUACAACUGAUUUGAUAAAGAAUUGAAUACCUGCAUUUUUCUUAGAUUGACCUCACUGUUUUACCCUAUAAUAAUGUCACUUUAGGUAGUUUGCGCCUUAAAGUAAUUGAGUAACACUCUGAUUUGUGAACAUGAUUUAAGUACUUUGAUUAAUAUAAGUUAUUGUUCAAAAGGUUUGGGGGUUGGAAUGUUU